AUGACUUCUAACUCCCCUUAUCUCGCAUCCUCAUCCCUUCCUUCUCUCAUGAUGUCUACAAUUCCUCCCCGGCUAGUGUCAGUCAAUUCACUAAAUAGUCCACCUGUUACAGUUCCUGCAAGCGUAGGGAAAUCAAACUGCAGCACCAGUGCAAAUAUCCUUUCCGGGGAUAUCUGUGAAAACCGUACCUCCAGCCCUAUCCCCGCGAGUGAGGACCAAUCUCAUCUCCCCGCAGAAGUCCCCGCAUUGACUAUCUCAGCCCCAGCCCAGUGGGCAAUCCAAUUCGUGGCCCUUCCAGUUGAGAUUCAUGAGAUUAUUAUGGAUCAUAUCUUUGGCAAAAGAGCCUCGGCUGGUAAUCAUACAGCACAUGGUCAAUCUUCUGCUCAGAACUGGAGCAAGGCUCUCCAUCAUCCGCGGCGGAGGGCGCUUUCCAACCUGGCCUUGACUUGCCGGGUAUGGACUGGACUUGUUCAAAGCCGGAUUUACCGCCAUAUCAGAAUCAAGGGCAAUAGAGAUGAAUUGGCCCACUGUGUGCGGUGGUUCAAGAGAAACCCCCAUUUAAUUCCUUACGUCUGUCACAUUGAGAUUUGGACGCCUAUCUGGGGAGAUCGGGCUCUUCGGCCUAACAUUUCUCGCUUGAAUGCGGAACAACAUGCCGCUCAGACAGCGGCAGGACGUGUUAUACCUGUACAGUGGAAUCAUGACCACCACCAGGGAAGUGAGAUGUUUUAUUAUCACCGUGCAACCAACAACGCUUCCUUGGAGGAAAUUUUCGGGGUUAUUCGGCGCUUUUUUACCGCUGCCCGAGUUUUCACUCUGGACGGUGGCCACUGUAAAAACCCGCCUAUGGUCCGACAUUUCCGCCAUAGUCGUGGCAUGUACAGUCUGCAGGCUCUCCUCCAACGGCGUUUACCUGUUCUUGAACACAUACAAACAUUCAUCAUGCGAGGUGCCUGGAACCUGAUGCGACAACUUGACGACUGGCACAAUAUUUCACGGGCAUUGCCAGCUUUGAGUGAAUGGCAUUGUGCUUGGGCCCAACCCCAUAUAAAUGCCUAUUUCAUCAUGAUACAUAUCCUCACCCACCCUCGAGUUACAAUCCGAUACAUCAAUCUCAGCUUUGAGGGAUUUUACAACAAUGAUAGUUUGCUGGGUGGGCUUUCUGGGCCUCGAACCACGCUUCCUCCAAUCUGCAGUCUGCUCGGCGAGACAGCUCCGCGCUUAGAGUCCUUCACCUACACUGGUCGUAUAUGCUGGUACUUCUUUGAGACAUUGAAACAAGGGGCAACAGCAAUGAGUUCUGAUUCUCGGCUCAGGUCACUGGACCUUUCGCAGAUGAGCCAAGGAAUAGGUGGAAUUACCAGCAUUGCAUUUAUUCGUGCGUUUGAGGCAAUGGUGAUCAAGGCAAUCGAGUGUCUAUCCGCCCUCCCUGUCCUGGAGUACUUGCGGAUCCGUUUCAUCGACCUCGACUCAACCUGCCCACCUCUGAACCCUUAUUUCCAACUUGUCAAUAACGAAUGCACAGGCCUGUGGAGUGAAGACAUCCUGGAAGCUUUGCGUAUGAACCGACCAUCGGCCUCAUUUAUGGCGCUUACAGAUGGAACAGCCGCGGAGUACGAUGACCAGCAAAUUGUGGGCGCCUUGAUACCCCGAGUUCGCCCUCUGGGUAUCCAAGUGAACAUGUACAGUUUUCUUGCCGACAGCUCCAACCCUUACUAG